UAAUCGUGUAUAGUUUGACGACAUAGAAGUCAAAGAGAAUGGCUCGGCCGAAGCACAGAGUCAACGCGGAUAUUUGCGCUGACUGCGGAGCCCUCGAGCCAGGAUGGGCUUCUGUGAACAGAGCCAUUUUAUUAUGCGAUGAUUGUUGUGGUAUACAUCGUAGUCUUGGUCGUCAUGUAUCUCAUGUAAAAUCACUUCAUAAGAGUAUAUGGCAUACAAAUUUACUUAGUAUGGUGCACACAUUAAACGAUAAUGGAGCGAACAGUAUUUGGGAACAUUCCCUUUUAGAUCCAAAUAAUUCAAAAAUUAGUAGAAGAAAACCCCAAGCUAAAGAUCCAUUGCAUCCCGUAAAGGCUGAUUUUAUUAAGGCAAAACAUCAACAUUUAGCAUUUGUAUUGCGUCCGAGUAAGGAAGAAUGUUGCAGUGAAGAUGAUGUUAGUAGGCAGCUACAUAGUAGUGUUCGUACAAGCAACUUAGAAACAUCGUUAAGAUUGCUUGCACAAGGUGCUAAUCCAAAUUAUUUUUACAAGGAAAAGGGUACAACACCUUUGCAUGUAGCUGCUCGGGCAGGACAGGCUUUACAGAUAGAGCUUCUAAUAGCGAAUGGUGGCAAUCCCAAUGUGAUUGAUUUAAAUGGACAAACACCUGCUGAAAUUGCCAAGAUGACAGGUCAUGUAGAUCUAUCUGAACGGAUAAUUGAUUGCACAUAUGAAGUAACAGACAGACUAACAUACUAUGUAUGUUCACGCAAACCUGAUCACCGUAUGAAUGAACAUAUAAUUAUUCCCGAGUGUUCAUUACUGUUGGAAAAGAGUGACUUGUGCUUAGAAGGAAGAAAUAGAUUACAGCUGUUACCGAACCACUUACUGGAGGAACUAGCAACGGACGUAUAUGACGAAGUUGAUCGCCGUGAGAACGAAGAGAUUUGGUUUGCUACUUCAACAUUACCAGAACGAUGUACAGUACCUUUUCUACCAGUGAAUCCGCAGCUAUCGUCUACAAGAAAUCAAGGUAGACAGAAACUAGCGAGGUUUACACCAAAGGAGUUUGCUACGCUCAUCAUAGAUCUGCUUAUUGAGGCUCGCAGAAGGCAUAUACUUUCAAAUAAUACACCGUUGCAAGAUCCCACUGUAUCUAUACUUCGUAAAGAACAUCAAGGAAAGUAUGGAUCGCAAAUGUCUGACGACGAGCCUUUGUACGAUAGCGUUGCGUCCGAUGACGAUUACGCGUUGACAUCGGCGGACAAUACAGCUCCCGAGUAUUCUGCAUCACAGUUUAAAAUGAAUAACGAGGAAGCUUUUGCACCGUUAGCCAAGGGUCUUCCUUCUGUCGUUGAAGUUUUGAAAAAACAAUUAACUUUAUCCGAAUCUACUGUCAAGGAUCUACGAGAGCAGAUACAUGCUUUACAGAACACCGUGGAAAAACUCACUCAUGAAAAUAACGAACUGAAGCAAAUAAUUCACGCAAAAGAAACAGCCGAUGGAGUGAUUAAUGGUCACGUCGGUGGCGAACAAGAGCCAGAGUUGGAACCAGUGCUCGAUAUAAAGACAUCUCUUAAUAGAAGUAAUCAGCGACCUGCGUCUAUGUACGAAACAAGGGAGGGUCUGCGGAAGCCCAGUCCGUGGUCAACAACUAUUUGUCAGACAAAGAGAGAUCCUGACACGAUGUCCCGUAAUAAUACACAAAGUCUAUGGGAAUGCGGUGCUCCCAAUCUUCCUCCCAGCGAAGAAGUUACUCGAAGAACUGAACAAGUCACAAGAAGAAUUCAGGAAUUGUGGAUGGCUAUGCAAGACCCGAAGCAGCGAGAAGCUUUUGUACCUUGUGCAGAAAGAAUUCGUGUAGCAGUGGCUGAACUUACAGCCAUAUUUCCUCAAAAUCCCAUCGAGGAAAAUGUUAGGUCUGCUCUACGACAAUUGAACGGUAAUACAGGUAGACUUCAGGCAGAGUGCUCCGGUCUUCAAAGAUGUACCAGCGAUGUUGAACACAUGGACCGCUGUCUGCAGCAAGUACGUUCAUGUGCUUAUGAUAUUGCGAAAGCAACAAAGCUUCUCGUUACUCAAUUUCAAACGUAACGGAUCAAAGUAUUACAAUUCAAGAGAUUUUCUAGACUCGUGGAAUAUGUAUAUAAACUUGUACAGGGACACAUAACAUCGUAAUACUCAGAAUCAUCACAAACGUUCAAUAAGUAUUCAUCUUAUAUUGCGUAAGAGCAUUUUGUUAUCCAACCGAUUUACUUUUAUUUUAAUGUAAAUAUCAAGCAAAUUCGAGGUGCAACAACAUUCGAUAGCCCUACUAAGUAAUUAUCGAAACAUAACGUUUUAUAUGUCGUAAUAUUAAUGUAAUUUUAUAAAGACUGAAUAUAACCACGAACCAAUGAAAUUUAUCAACGUGCAAUUUAAGUUUGUAUAUUCGGUUUUGUGAACGUAACUGUUGCUCGUAUAAGCUGGCUUGCCAGUUACAAGUUGAAGCCAUGAAAAAUAAGUGAUCGACAUUCGUGUCAUCGGAAGAAAAAUCAGUGCAAUAGAAAAAG